AUGGAUGAGGCGCGAAGCAUGUGUAUGUUUUUUGCUAGAACUGACAUGGUUUCUCAAGCAAAAGGCUCAGCGUAUGUCGAAUUAAAGAAAACUAAAGUGGUAUGUUCAGUUUUCGAUCCCAGAGAAAUACCACACCAGAAUGAGUUCAGUCAACUAGGACAAAUAUUUUGCGAGGUUAAAUUCGCGCCAUUUUCCUGUUCUCGCCAACGUCGCCCACCUGCUCCCGAUGCUGAAGAUAAAUCUCUAUCCGUAGCAUUGAGACAAGCGUUAGAGCCAACAGUCUGCAGACAUCUUUUCCCAAAUUAUCAGAUUGAUGUUUUUGUAUAUAUUAUUGAAAAUGAUGGGGCAUGCCUUGCGGCAGCAAUAAAUGCUGCUGGUUUAGCGUUAGCUGAUGCUGCUGUUCCCAUGUUUUUCAGGAGGUGGCCCACAAGGUUG